UCAAGAGACUGGACAGCAGACAGCCGGACCAGUGUCCACGUACAAAUACCUCCCUGAACCAAUGAGAACUUCUGGAUCUAGACUCUUCAUCCUCAUCUUCCUCCUAAGCCUGUCUUCAUACCUGAUCCAUCGCAGCCUGUUGGAUCAGAAGUUUCAGCUGGUGAAGCGUUAUCCACGUGUCCCUCGGAGGAACAUCACCAUCCUUCUGUGGCACUGGCCAUUUGGUCGUUCUUACAGCCUUCAUGGAGACACAUGCCUGGACAAGUACAACAUCAGCCAGUGUUUCCUCAGUGACAAACCCUCCACCUUCUCCUUUGCUGAUGUUGUGGUCUUCCAUCACCAUGAACUGAAAAACGGCCGAUCCUCCUUGCCCCUGCACCUGGCUCGCCCAGCCUCCCAACACUGGGUGUGGUUGUCCAUGGAGCCUCCUGUCAACAAUGGAAACCUCACCCCAUACAAAGACCUUUUCAACUGGACUAUGAGCUAUAGACGAGAUGCAGACAUAUUCAUUCCUUAUGGAAAGACUGUACCUGAAAUUGACAAUCUCAACUAUGAGGUUCCUCAAAAUCGUUCUUGCCUCGUCAGCUGGGUAGUCACCAAAUACCACUCAGAUCAGGCCAGGGCUGCAAUUUACCAAAGUCUAAAGAACUAUCUCCCUAUAGAGGUGUAUGGUGGCUGGACCAAAAGAUACCUGUCAAAAAAGGAGCUAUUACCCACCAUUGGACGUUGUCUUUUCUAUUUGGCAUUUGAGAACUCAGAGGCAACAGACUACAUUAGUGAGAAGCUAUGGAGGAAUGCUUUCCAAGCAGGGGCAGUGCCGGUGGUUUUUGGCCCCAACAGGGCUACCUAUGAGGCGCUGGCUCCCCCCGGUUCCUUCAUCCACGUGAAGGAUUUCCACAGCCAUGCCGAUCUGGCGGCCUAUCUCAAGAGUUUGGCUUCAGAUAGGCAGGCUUAUGAGGCGUACUUCCAAUGGCACCGUACUCACAGAAUCAAGACCUAUACUGACUGGAGAGAAAGGUUGUGCCAAAUCUGUGUAAACUAUGCCAGAUUACCAACUAACAAAGUGUACUUUGACCUGGAGAGCUGGGUUAAGAGAUAGGAAUCAAUUAUGCCUUUACUGUAACCCUUCACUCAAUCUCUACACAUUCUGACCACAUGUUGGUAAGGACUACUGACAAUGCCCAAUUUAUGUGUUUCUAUAUAUUGCAGUAUUUGUGUCAUCUAUUAUAUAUAGAUUUAGGAACUGCACACUGAGGAGCUGUGCAGCACAGAAAAAUAAUCACAAGUGGUUGGACUGUGCUAUGACAAAGCAGAAGUGAGAAAGUUGUAUUAUCAUCCAUUCAGCAUGUAUUUGUUGACGCUACCCAAGUGGCAAGUUUAUCUUGAUGUCAGCUUGAUUCCAGAUAAAGGCAAUAAAACAUGCAAUAUGCCGUUGUCCUGCAGAACAAAAUGUCUGCCUUGCAUAAGGAGUUAUUGUACAAAAAAUAGUGGAUAAGG